GAGACCAUGCGGAAAGCGGUGUUGGUCACCGGGGCGAGCAGCGGUGUUGGCCUCGCCCUCUGCAAGCGGCUGCUGGAGGAGGACCACGAGCUGCACCUGUGUCUGGCCUGCAGGAACAGGAGCAAAGCGGAAGUGGUCCGCGAGGCUCUACUGGCCUCUCACCCCCUCGCCGAGGUCAGCAUCGUGCAGGUGGAUGUCAGCGACCUGCAGUCGGUGUUCCGGGCUUCCGGGGAGCUCAAGCAAAGGUUUCAGAGAUUAGACUAUGUCUAUCUGAACGCUGGGAUCAUGCCCAACCCACAGCUGAAUAUCAAAGCGCUUUUCUCUGGCCUCUUUUCAAGAAAAGUGAUUCAUAUGUUCUCCACAGCUGAAGGAUUGCUGACCCAGGAAGAUCAAAUCACUGCCGAUGGGCUCCAGGAGGUGUUUGAGACCAACGUCUUUGGCCACUUCAUCCUGAUUCAGGAACUGGCACCUCUCCUCUGUCACAGUGACAGUCCUUCCCAGCUUAUCUGGACAUCGUCUCGCAAUGCGAGGAAAUCGAAUUUCUGCCUCGAGGACAUCCAGCACAGCAGAGGCCAGGAGCCCUACAGCUCCUCCAAGUACGCGGUUGACCUGCUCAGCGUGGCUGUGAACAAGAACUUCAACUCGCGGGGUCUGUAUUCCAGUGUGGUGUGCCCGGGUACCAUGGUGACCAAUAUGACAUGUGGAAUUCUCCCUCCCUUUGUGUGGACACUGCUGAUGCCAAUCAUAUGGCUGCUUCGCUUUUUUGCCAAUGCUUUCACUCUGACACCGUACAAUGGAACAGAAGCCCUGGUAUGGCUUUUCCACCAAAAGCCCGAGUCUCUCAAUCCCCUGACCAAAUACCUGAGCGCCACCACUGGCUUUGGAAGCAAUUACGUAAUGACCCAGAAGAUGGACCUAGAUGAAGACACCGCUGAAAAAUUUUACCAAAACUUACUGGAACUGGAAAAGCACGUUAGGGCCACCAUUCAAAAAAGAAAUCAUCAGAGCUGA